AUGACAUUUCCUCCUCCCAAGCGGCACUGGCGGAACUGGCGAGCCUCUCGCAUGUCAGCCCUAGAGUCUCAUGCAGGUAACAACUGUCCCUUCAACCUGGCUCCUGCAAGGCAACCUCACAAACACCAGCUGUUCGAACUCUAUCUUUGGUACGGACCUCGUCCCCUAUCUCUGGCAAACCUUCUUUCGAUCGCUCUCUUUCAUCGACAAACUAUGGUCUAUGAGGGGGCACUUGUAGUGGUUCGACAGCCCACCUCCUUCAAACAUGAGAGACAACCGACGUGUUCUCGCAUGGUUAAUCUGGGUCACCCAGUAGCGCCUUUCUCAGCUCGAAGGCGCAUAUCGGCACUGCGCGCGUCCCUUGUCCUCGCACGACCGAGGCUCAUGGACGCGCCCCAAACUGGUAGACCAAUUAGCUUCCCAAAGCGCUCUGGGUCAAUCAACUUCCUGAAGUGCUCUGCAGUCCUCAGUCGAUUCCUGCUACGGGCAAACACCUGGGAAUUCGAAGAUAGUAGGUUCUAG